UUGUGUUGCAGAAAUGUACCUGCUGCUGCUGACGGUGGCGGCUGCGCUCGCACACCCCCAAACAAUGUCGGACGAGAACGCGAUACUAUUGGAGAUCUUCGGCACCCCUCCCCCCCAGCAGGGGUCCACCACACUUGGCCUUGAAGACUACACAGUCCGUUCGACCGACGCAACGUCUACAUUCACAGAUGGCGCUGGAGAGUCGUGCCAAUGCGUUCCUUACUACCUGUGCGACGAUCAGCUCAAUGGAGUGGACGCUAACAACGCCUCUGUUACCGGAUGGGGGUCUCUAGAUAUCAGGUUCGGUAAGGACGACUGCCAAGAAAGCGUGGAGAGGUGUUGUAAGAUACCGCGCACCGGGCCGGCUCCGACACCGCCGCCCGCGCCGGCCCGGCCUGCCGGAUGCGGCCACCGCAACCGGAAGGGGAUAGACUUCAACGUCAUUGGGGGCAGCGGAGCGGAAGCCCAGUUUGGCGAGUUCCCGUGGGUGGUGGCGUUGAUGGGCCCCAAUGGAUACAUCGGCGUGGGAUCUCUUAUACACCCACAAGUGGUUAUCACGGCAGCCCACGUUGUUGCGGGCCAAGCACCGGGGUCGCUGCGUAUCCGCGCUGGCGAAUGGGACACACAGACGGCCAAGGAGCGUCUUCCUCAUCAGGAGCGGGACGUAGCUGAAACAUACAUACACUCAGAUUUCCAAAGCAAGAAUUUAAAGAAUGACAUGGCUCUGCUGCGGCUGUCUCAGCCCGUGGAGCUGGCUGAGCAUAUAGGGCUCCUGUGUCUGCCAGAACAGGGCGAGAGCUUCGAGAGUGGCCGAGAGUGCGUCGCCAAUGGGUGGGGCAAGGAUGUCUUUGGUCAGAAAGGCCGAUACGCUGUGAUUCUGAAGAAAGUUGAGUUGCCCAUGGUGCCCCACGGCAUCUGCAACCAGCUGCUGCAGCGGACCCGGCUUGGUCACCGCUUCCGACUGCAUCAGAGCUUCGUGUGCGCUGGGGGCGAGGAGGGACAGGAUACUUGCAAGGGCGACGGCGGCGCUCCCCUAGCGUGCCCAAUCGGCAACGACCGGUACAAGCUGACCGGGCUGGUCGCGUGGGGCAUCGGCUGCGGCGCGCGCGACGUGCCGGCCGUGUACGCGGCCGCCGCCAUGUUCCGACGCUGGGUCGACGACAAAAUGGCCGCCUGGGGCUUUGACACUACCUCUUAUUCAGCUUGAGUCGGGUUAACAAGGGUAUCCAUGACAAUUUACAAUGUUUUUGUAAU